AGGAAGACGAGGAAGGAGAGGAGGAGAAGCAGGAACAGGAGAAGCCUGAGGCAGAGGCAGAGGCCAGCGAAGCCCAGGAGGAGGCCGAGGCAGCCCAGGAGGUCAUGACAACGCCACAGUACAACCUGCUGGGCACCUUCCUGGAAAUUCUUAGAGAUACCAGCUCCAAUCAGUCGCUGCAGUCAGACAGCUCUGAACAUGUCGAUGAGGCCCAAGUCAGUGCUGACAAACAACAGAUCGGAUCCCUGGGAGACCUGGAAGAGAGAAUGGAGCCCGCCGAGUGUGACAAACGGGGUCAGAAACAGGGAGGUGCCAGAGGAGAAAGGGGUGACCCAAGGACCAGAAAGAAACUCUCUCACCUUGGCGAUGAAGAAACACAAUUCCAGGCCAAAGCAGGGGGCUCCAGGGAGUCCCUGGUGUCCAGAUCCACAGAGGACACCUUGUUUCAGAAGGACGAGGGUCCCCAGGUGUACCCCUUGGCCCUGAACUGGUCGUUCGGGUGGAACAGCUCCCUUCCUGUCUUCUACAUCCGGGAGAGGAACCAGAAAGUCCUACUGUACGCGUGCGGCCACAUGGCCGUCAUCUACAACGUGGCCCGGAACACGCAGUACCACCUGCAGGGCCACCCUAAUGUCAUCUCCUGCCUCUGCGUCAGUGAAGACCGGCGAUGGAUUGCCACUGCAGACAAGGGGCCCGGCUGCCUGAUAAUCCUGUGGGACUCCUUCACAGGCAUCCCCGUGCACACCAUAUUUGACAGCUGCCCGCAAGGCAACGGCAUCAGGGCCAUCGCCAUCAGCCGAGAUGCCAAGUACCUGGCCACCGUCUCCGACGCCGAAGUCCAGGAAGUCAGCAUCUGGAGGUGGACUCUGGCGGUAGAGACGCCCGCGUGCACCCUGCGGCUCCCCAGAGAGUACGGAUCCCAGACCUAUCUUAUUUUUAAUCCAGCAAAUAAUAAGGAAUUGGUGAGCAACAGUAAAACAGAGACAAUAUACUAUUGGUGGCAUGAGGAGAAAGACAUACUUGUUCACAGCGCCCCGCUCUUGACAGAAAAUACGUUCAACAAGCUGGUGGGGAAGUUCAGUCAAUCCGUCUUCCACCCGAACUCCAGUCAGAUCCUCUCGGCAACGCUGGAGGGGAAGCUGGUGGUCUGGGACAUCCAGCGCCGCGCCGCGCCGGCCUCGGGCUCUGCCGACGGCCCCUGCAUCAGGCCCUGCAAGCUGGUCCACCUGCAGAAGGAGGCGGUCAGCGUGCUCACCGUGGCCGACAGGUACAUUGUCACAGGUGACGUGAAGGGCAACAUCAAGUUCUACAACCACAACCUAUCCAUCGCUAGCUGGUACAGCCACCUCAAGCUGAGCUGCAUAAGGACCCUGUCCUUUUCACCGAGCGCCGCAAGCUCUUCCGAGGGAGCAAACUUCCCCCCGGACUGUACUCUGAAAGGUGGCCUUUUUAUCGUCAGGAAUUUCAUCAUUGCCACGUCCGAUGCCACAGUGUACCACUUAACAGUAGAUGGCACCAGGCUCGAGAAGUUGUUCGUGGAGCCCCGGGAUGCCGUGUGCGCCAUCUCUUGCCACCCGUACCAGCCGCUGCUGGCCGUGGGCAGUGCCUGCGGGCUGAUCAAGGUGUGGCAUUAUGAGCAGAAGAGGUACCUGCUCAGCAGGGUCUUCAAGAAGGGGGUCGGCGUGCAGAGCCUGACCUACAACCCCGAAGGGGCCCUGCUGGGAGCCGGCUUCACAGAGGGGACAGUGUACAUUCUUGACGCGAUGUCUCUGCAGAAUGAGACCCCGGAGCCUUUCAAGUACUCCAGAAACAGUGUGACGCAUGUCAGCUUCUCCCACGACUCCCAGCACAUGGCUACAGCCGACGUGAGCUUCACCGUGGCUGUGUACACCAUGGUGGUCCGUGGCGGACACAGGCUCUGGGAGUACCUGGCCAGGCUCCGCUCGCAUCGCCAGAGCAUCCGCAGCCUCCUGUUUGGGGUUUACCUGGACAGCAACGAGCCACGACUGCUGAGCCUCGGCAGAGACAGGCUCCUGAUAGAGUACAACCUGAGAAGGAGCUACAAGGACCACCUGGAGGUCCUGGGCAUCCACCGCACCGACCAGGGCCACCACCCGACCUGCAUGGUGUGGUACCCGCCGCUCACCAAGGAGCUCUUCCUGCUCGUCUGCAACAGCGGCUACAAGGUGAAGCUCUUCAACUCCACCACCAAGAUGUGCAGGAAGACACUGCUCGGGCCGGCGUUCGGCUCUCCCGUGGAGCAAGCCCAAGUCCUCCCCGUGAGAACGGCCCCAGAGCUGCAGAAGCGCUACCUGGUGUUCAUUAACAGAGACAAGGUGGGGCUGCAGAUUCUCCCUGUGGAUGGCAACCCGCACAAGACAUGUGCCAUGGUCUGCCACCCGAGCGGCGUAGUGGCAUUGGCCCUGUCCUAUGACGGCCGCUUUGUCUUUACAGCAGGAGGACAUGACCGCUCGGUCAUGCAGUGGACAGUCAACCUGAGCGCCCUGGAUGCUGCUGUUUCUCUUGGGGGCGAAGACUUGACCCCGUUCUAUGGCAUGGUGCCCGGUGGCAGGGAAGGAAAAUUCUGCAGGGAGCUGGAAGAUUAUUUCUUCUACUCGCAGAUCCGCAGUCAGGGCAUCGAUACCAUGGAGACCAGGAAGGUGUCCGAGCACAUCUGCCUGGCUGAGGUCCCCUUUGUCAUGAGGGCGAUUGGCUUCUACCCAUCCGAGGAGAAGGUAGGAGGAGUGACAGUCAUGCGUGUGAGUGAGAGGGGUGGAGGUGCUGCCGAGAGUGUGCGGCUACGCCACGAGGCUGUGCCUGGUGUGGAGGACACGCCACACUGCGUCCCUGUCACCGUGACACAGCUGACGCUCAGCUCUUGCAGCACCGCCAGAGUCCCUUGA